AUGACAAGUACACCAAUAACGUACAAGACACUAGCCGAUUCUAUAUUUAAUGAUCUAAUCAACAAUAUCAUUAAACAACAUACAUUAACCAGUUUAACCAAUAUUAAAGAUCAUUCCUCAUUAUUAAAUUCAUCUAAUAGCAAUACUAAUAGCAAUACCAACGGUACAAUUGCCAGUAAUGGUGGAAAUGGGACUACAAGUGAUGAAAAUAAUGAAAUUGAAAAUUCAACAAUUCAAGAUAAAUCAAAAUUAAAACAAUUAGAAACUUCAAGGUAUUUCCGAUGUCUUAAUUGUGGUAGAAAUAUUGCCGGUGGAAGAUUUGCAUCUCAUAUAAGUAAGUGUUUAGAACGGAAACGGAAAUGA